AUGUAUUUAACUGAAUUACCUGAUGUUGCCUUAAUAAAAAUUUUUCGGACAUUUACUCAUACAGAAUUAAUUCGUUUUUAUCAUAAUUUUCAUUCAUCAAAACGUAUACAAAAUUUAAUAGCUCAUAGUUCAUGUUUAUGGACACAUAUUCAUAUUGAAUCAACUGUUGAUUAUAAUUUAUUUACAUAUUUUGCUCGUUUAUUAAUUUCAAAUUCGUCAACAACUCGACAAUUAAUAAUUGAUGAACUUGAUAUAAUUUGCCGAAAAAUUCUAUAUGAUAAUGGAUUUUCUUUAAAAAAAUUUUCUCAACUUGAACAAUUGAUUAUACAUGAUGAAUAUAUUUGUAAUACAAUACAAUCGCUUCAUUUUUGUUCAUCAACAUUAAAAAAUUUACGUUUAACAAAUGAUCAUAGCAAUUUAAGCCAUAUAAAUAGUUUAGAAAAAUUAAAUAAUUUACAAAUAACACUUUAUUCAACAAAUAUGUUACAAAAUCAAUUUAAUUAUUUAAAAAAUUUACAUUUAAAAAUAAUGUUUGAUUAUGAUCACAAUUCUCGUGCAAUAUUUUCCCGUUUACCAAAUAAAUACUUAGAAAUUUUAACACUUAAAUUUCUUUUAGUAAAUAAUGAUGUGAAUUUUUCCAAUGAAUUUAAUAAUUAUUUAAAUUCAUGUCAUUAUCUUCAUACAUUAGAAUUAUCUUAUUUACAUGGUAUGUGUCCAUUAUCUUUGCAUACAAAUAUUAAUUACUCAAAAUAUCAACGAAUUAUAUUUAUUAAUAUAUGUCAUUUAAAUCAAAUGAAAGAUUUUAUUGAAUUAAAUCAAUAUGAAUUACCAAUAGAAUAUUUACAAUUAAAUUCCUCAUCGAAUAUAAAUCGAUAUGGAUCCUAUAUUCAACAUACAAAUUGGUAUACACGUCAAUUAAUAUCAAUUGAUUAUAUUCAAUGUGUAACAACAUCAAUGAACCUUUUGAAUGAACAUAAUAUGAUUUGGUCAGAUAAAAAUCAGAAACCACAGUCAUUUGAAUCUUAUAUACUUCGAUCAAUAUAUAAUGUACCUUAUUUAAUGUCAUCAGUUCGAAAUUUAGCUAUUAGUAAAUUUGAAUUAAGUCUUGAUGGUUUAGUUACAUUAAUGACUAGUUUUCCAUUAUUAUCUGAUUUAAUCAUAACCGAUGGAAAAAUCGAUCAAAUGGGUUCAGGAAUGUGGGAUUUAAAACGAAUAUUUCACACAAUAACAAAUGUAUCUCAAUCAGUUAUACAAACAAUUGUAAUGAAUAAUAUUCAAAUGUCACGUCGAACUGCUGUACAAUUAUGUUUAAUUACUCGACAAUUAAUCUCAUUAACAUUAAAUGAUGUUAGAAUAUUAGAUAAAAUGAUUACUUUAGAACAAAAUAAAGAUAAUAACCGUCCAAGUUUUCUUAUUCUCUUGAAACAAAUUGCUCAACAUAGCAACCAAUUUAAAUGGCCUAAUUUAAAAUCAUUCACAAUAGGUAAAAAUAUGAUUAAUCGUUCUAAUCUUUCAUCAUUUAUUCCUUUACAUAUUAAUACUAUUUAUUCAAUAAAUAUCAAUCAUUUACAUUUUAUUCUACAUUAUCAUACAUUAUCUGAAGCAACUGAUAUAUUUUUAAAAUCAAUUAAAAAAUUAAUAAAAAUUUAUCCAAAAUUAACAUCAUUUAUUAUUGAAUUUGCAAAUAAAUAUGAUGAACAUUUUCUUCUACGAAAUCAAUUAAAAACAUUAUUAGAAUUAAAUUUAAAUAGAAAAGUAUAUGUUUAUUCAACGAAAGAUGAUCGAGCUUUUCGAUUUUGUUUUGAUACAAAUUUAAGUAUUGAAGAUAAUGAUAAUGAUGAUGAACAAACGUCUUCUAGUCAAUGUAAUCGAACGUUUUGUGGUAUACCGUUAUUUCAAAUUAAAAAGCAACGAAAAUCACAUGUUUUUUUAUAA